GCGCCUCUGGGUGCGCGCAGGACCCGUCCCUACAGCGGAGAGCAGCAGCGCAUCCAUCCUGCCGUGGAGCCGGGAGCGUGGAGCCGCGAGGAGCGCACAGAGAGAGAGAGAGAGAGAGAGAGAGAGAGAGAGCCACAGAAGAUGGACGGAGUGGGAUCGUUCGGAGCGGGCCGGGCCGGGACCACUAUCGACCCGAUUGCCUUCGCCAAACAGCCGCAGACCAUCCUCAGAGCGCUGUCCUGGAUAUUUUCCCUGGUGGUCUUCGCCUCCAUCGUGAAUGAGGGUUACGUUAACUUGGGCAGCGAGCGCCUCCACUGUGUCUUCAACAAGAAUGCCGACGCGUGCAACUACGGCGUGUUCGUGGGCCUGGUGGGCCUGCUGGCAUGCUCCUUCUUCUUCCUGCUUGACUACAAGUUCUCCUCCAUCAGCUCCGUCAAAGACAGGAAGAAGGCUAUAAUGCUUGAGGUCGGCUUCUCGGGUUUCUGGAGCUUUCUGUACUUUGUAAGUUUCUGCUUCCUGGCCAAUCAGUGGUCUCGGACCACGUCUGAUGAUUUGCCACUCAACCAGGGAGCAGAUGCAGCCCGGGCUGCAAUCGCCUUCUCGUUCUUUUCCAUAAUCACCUGGGCUGGUCUAACCGUGCGUGCAGUCCAGAAGUAUCUGCUUGGCACAGACAUGACUCUGUUCACCACGGAGCACAUGGACGGCGGCGCGCCCACCCAGCCGUACCCAUCCAAUUCCCCUGUAGGCGACACCACGGAGACCACGGAGACCUACCAGAGCCCACCAUUCACUGAGAACAACGCAGCACCCACAUACCAGGUUCCCAUUUACUAGAGAAGAUAGACCUGAUGGUGGAAAAGGAAGGUCAGGAGAGGGAUUAGAGAAAAUUGCUUUCUGUGGUGUUACACCUGCAGUUGUUCAUGUGUUGAUCUGGGCUGAGUUUUCAAUCAUUGUUAAAAAACAAAAUAAAAAAACGGCCUCUCCUUCUUUGUUUCCUCCUCUUGUUCCCUUUCCUUCCUUAACAUUCCACUUAUCUGCACUUUUCUAGACCUCUAUGUUAAACUCAAUUUCCUACUAGUGUCCCUGGAUCAGAGCAGAUGAGAGAGCAAGAAAGCAAGAGGAGGACAUGUAGAAGAAGAGGCCGUUUUGCAGUAUUCAAACACUUUUUUGAAGAGAAAAAAAAGAGAUGAGGGGAUCAACAAGUGAGUGACUCCACCACAAAGCAGUAUUGGAUUACUAAAAAUAGUGCAGAAGGCACCUUCAUCUUAUUCUUUUCAUUCAUUGAAGUGUCAAAAUCCCCUUUCAUGCCAAACAGUACGGGGAAUGUUUUUUUUAAUAGCUACAGUGCGGUCUGGUCCUUCCUUCAUCUUUCCCUGCUGCAGUUAAAAGUAAUCAUGUGUUUUGAAUCUGCACGUUUCAAAACUUAGAGAUCAACUAAGUGCCAUACUGUACUGUGUGUCUCAGACAGUGACUUAAUUUAGUAGAUUUCUACAUGCUGUAAAAAACAACGACGACAAUGUUUUGUGACCAAGUGCAAUAUCACAUUCUUAUAGGUCUGUAGGUAGGUAUAUACUGUACUGUAGGUAGGCUAGUUACUGUCAGAUUAGACCAAUUUUAGGCACUGUCUCAAAUUACAUACUAGUCUUUGAAUUGUACUAACAAAUCUCAGGCAAAUUUUCAAAUUCAAAUUGUUGAUCUGACUGGUGAAGUUCACAAGAUAUGGAAGUAACUGUAUAUCUAAUAGGUCCUGAGAGAGCUUCUCAUUCACAAAAGCUUGUUGACAAUUGAAAUAAAAUUAGCUUUUAUGUCAUCUUUUCAAGUAUUUACUAUAUGGUCUUCCUCGAUCGUAAUGGAAUCAUAAUUUUAACACAUUUAACAAAACGGUGUCACAAUGCAAAAUAUUCCUCGAGUACAUUAGCUGAAUCUGUGUGAUGCUCUGCUUCAUUCACACACAUGGAUCAUGGUUGAUCACCCUUAAGAUUCAUUAGGGAAACCCUAAUCCACAGUGAAACACUUUUCAGUCUGUUCUGUUUCUGUGCCAGGCAUGGAUGGAUUAGUCUACUGAAUGGGCCUACCGGGUACAGACCAAAGGCGGCAGGGGGCCACUGAGCCUCCGUUUGAAGUGACUUUAACAUUUCAUGCUGAAAAAAUCAAUCAAAUGACUACAAAAAGACGCAAAAUUACCACAAAGAGGUGCAAAAUGAUUACAAUGAGAAACAAAAACACUGUAAGGAAACACGAAAUGACCACAAUGGGACGUAAAACAACUACAAAGAGACACAAAGUGACCACAGAGACAGGAAGUACAGCAAAGAGACACAAAACAACUACAUAGAGAUGAAUGGAAAAAAGAGACGCGGUUGUUUGGGGUCAUCUUGUGUCUCUUUCAGUCAGGGGGUCUUGCUUCUAUCUCAGAGGGAGGGGGGGGCUUUCACAUGUCUGUGCCCAGGGGCCCGUUGUCUCAUAAUCCGUCCAUGUUACCAGGGAAUGAAUGUAGUGUGUUAUUUGAGACAGUGUCCUUUGUUGAAAGUUGUGUGUAUAAAAUGGGGCGACUGGGGAGAUUCUGGAUAAGUCAGGUCUGUUUAUGUUUACGUUUUAGAAGCUGCCAAACUGCCCUGUGUUCUUAUUGCUGUCUUCUGAUUACCACGUUACUACUAUGUUGUUAGUGUCUGUAGGAGUUUAUGUAAUCACAAAGCAUGGGGGGCAACAGAUGAGCUUUUAUUCAGUGAGCGAGGUCGGUUGUUGGAGGAUUCAGUGCUGUCUCAGGCAAAAGACAAAUCUGUUUGUGGGAUGUUGAGGAUUCAUUGAUCCUGCAAUCCAGGACAUAGAGGGAGGAGGGGUUGGAAUUGUUGCCAUGGUAACAGGGACAGUAUAGGGUGGGCCACUAAGGGCCCUGAUGUAGAUAGUCAUCAUGCCAACCAUGUCGGUGUAUAGCAGUGUCUGUGUCGUGGUUCACGUACACUCGCCAUCUACGAAAUCUGUAGUUUUGGUGUGUGUGUGUGUGUGUGUGUGUGUGUGUGUGUGUGUGUGUGUGUGUGUGUGAGUGCGUCCAUGUGCUACAAGCAUACAUGUGUUAGCAUGCAUGAGAGACGUGUGGGUCUGUUUGUGUUUGUGUGAAAGUGUGUGAAUGUGUGUAGUUGACAAGAUUUUUGUGGUGCAUAAAAGUUAUUUUCUUGUUUGUAAAAGUUUCAGUGCAGAGGAGGAAAUUAUACGUCUGUUACACCACUGAAUCAUAUCCCCCAAAAAAUAUAUAUUAUCAGCGUCCCUGUCGAGAUAUUUGAUUUACAAAGUAUGAAAUUAAGAGUUGUUUUUUUUUAUGAAUAGAGCCAAAUAUAAAACUUCAUGUUAGAGUGAUAUAAUUGACCUGUAGAAUGCCUUGCCUGCUAGUCUAUCUGAUCAUGUGUAAGCAGCGCCCUCUGCACAUUAGAUACGGCCCUGCAGUAACAGGACAACGGGGCUCUCAGAGUUUUAAAAGUACUCAUGAUAAUAAUGCAUGAAAUUGUUGUAUAGAACUCAUUAUAUACUGAAUACUAUGUAAUUCUUAAGUUUAAUCCAGGACGUUUUGCAAAGUGAGAUUAGCCAGUCAUCAGUGCAGCUGACAGGAUUCCUUCUUGUGUUAUUGUAAUUCCAAUUUAUUGUUUAUUACCCAAACAAUUCUUUGUUUCUUCAGUGCCGUUAUCUCAGCCUCAUGAUCUUGAUGGCCACACGUACACAAGUGUGCACAUAUCUCAGAGCUCCAGGGGUGAAACUGUCCCAGAAUGCUGACUGUAACUCACAUUGUCUUUACGUUACUUGUACUUUACUUUGUACUUUACUGUAGUAAAGAAAUCUUAAUGUGACACAAGAACCCAAGGCCUUGAGCUACACUGACAUGACAGUGUCAGCUAACAAAGAACAGGCUCUAUGUUGAAAUUCAGCCAAUUUCCAUUUGUCUCUGCUCCAGUUCUAGAAAGGAUUGAAAUCAUUUCAAAGUCGUCUUGUAAAACAGAACCAAGACCACUCAGAUUUACCUGUAAGCAUUGUUUUUUUGUUUUUUUUUAUUCCCCAGACUGUCUGUCAGCGAGUGCAUAGUUAAGUUUGUAUGUUUUAAACUGGGGGAUAACAGUAGUAUUUCCUUUUAGGAUUUUGGUUUCGGGAAAGGAUGCAACACUGCUAGGUGCUGGAGUGUUACUGGAUGGGGUUUCAGGUCCUCUGGGAUAUGGUUUGGUACUGUUAUGUCUAUCUGGUGUACUUAAAAUACUAUACUUUGUGGUUUUUCAUGUUGUAGCCCAUUACCUACAAGUUGUAUGAACAUUACGGCCAAGUAUUUCCUGAAGCAAUUGAUGUUGAUUCUUUAAAACAGCCCUUGGUUUUAGUUUAUUCUAAUGUGAUAUAUCACCUUACAGAGACUUGAGACUUGAAAUGUUCUUGUUGACCUAAUGCUUAUUGUUUGUCUUUAGGGUUUGACUCUCUGACAUCUUGGUAAUGCAAUGAUUUUCAGAAGCUGACACUUAGAGCUCAAUAAAGUUCUUGUUCAGUGCUCAUAAAUGCACUCCACGACAGUGAAAUCAUUUAAGCAUGUAUUCACAUUCACCAAUUAUCUCUCUAUAUAGUAGUUUUAAUUGUUAGUGGCGGAGUCCGCCAUCCAUGCAUUGAAUUUAAGUUUGAUUCCAUAACUAAAUAUUAACAAUGAUCAACUAAAGUCAAAAGAAGGAAAUCAAUUAGAAAUCUGAUAAAAAUCCACUUUUAAAAAUGUCAGUAAUAAUAACAUGUAUGAACAAGUAUGCUAAAAUAUGAAAAACUGCCAGUAUAGUUCUUUAAAUCUUGGGUAUUACUGGGCUGCUAGUAACCUGUUAACUGUGGUCAGGUGAGACUGGGGUAUUGAUGGUGGUAUUAGGUACUACUGGGGUACUAUUAGGUAGUUUGGGGUACUGUCAGGUCGUAUUAUUGUUCUCAGUGCUUCGGUCUCUUCUUCAGUCAGUGUGGUAGAUAAAAAUAAUAAUAACAAGCAUUCUCUAUGUUUUGUGCUCUGGCCCAUGUACACUACCGUGGUAUUGGUUGAUUGUAAAAUUCAGUAUGUUAUUGAAGUAAAUGGAACCUGUGUGUGAUGCUGUCUAGGGUCUGGUUUGUCCUGUACUACUGAAAAUAAAAAAUAAAAAUAUUAAUAAUGAUUAUUUAUUAACUAGAAUGCACUCUUUGUUGGUAAUACUUUGUUUGACCACUUUUGAAGGAGCCACUGGCAUCAAAAUCAAAGUUAUAUGUGAUCAUGCUGUUGCUUUGUUAGACUGAAAUAAUAAAAGGUGAUGAUAUGUAGUGACGCUGGUGCCAUCAGUUGUGUGGUUUCCGGUAUAAAACAUUGCAUGGAUGUUAAAAUAUCUCUCCCCAUAAUAUUGAUAAUAAAAGUUUAACCCCCAUUGAUCAAAAAACAAACCUUUUUUUUUUUGUAGCGUGCUACCCUUUAACAUGUUUCUUCUGAGUUGUUUCUUCCUGUUCUGAAGGUGUUUGACCUCUUCAGUGUAAAAACACUGUGUACAGAGAUGUGUGUCACUGUCUAUUACCUGAAUGUCUCUGGACUGCAGUCUGACCGUCACUCCAAUAAAAAAGAAAACAUG